AUGAACUUCUUGAUAGGCUUAGCGUGGGCAGUGGUUGACACCAGUGAAACUAGCUUCGUCCCUGUGUGCAGGUCGCCGGUGGACCACCGGAGGAAGACGGUCGAGAGGCUGAUUGGGCUGCCCGGCGACUGGGUCGGCCUCCCGGAGAAGGAGGAGGUCCGGAAGAUACCGGAGGGCCACUGCUGGGUUGAAGGGGGCAACGGCAGCGUCAGCCGGGACUCGAGAGCCUACGGCCCUGUGCCGCUCGGUCUGGUGCAGGGGAGGGUGACGCACGUGGUGUGGCCGCCUAGCAAGAUGGGCCGCGUCCACAAGAGGGUGCCGUCGGAAGGAAGGGUCAUGCCACAGCGCAAUCUCUAGCCUCCCUCGGCGGCCGCUUUGUCCCGCAGUUGUGUUGGUUCUCGCAGGAGAUUCAUCAUCUCAUGUAAUAACAGAUGUAACAUGAACACACAUUGCGCGUUCCAGAUGUGGCAGAGCAAUAGAGAGUUUCUUCCCGUGUAACAUCACCUAUCGGCUGUAUAAGAAGGGAUCCAUCCAUUCUAAGGGAAGGGGAAGCAGAGGUUUUGGUAGGAGGAGCCUGCUAGGCUAGGCUAGGUAGUAGCUGCAGCCAAAUUUCGGGUGGAUGGUGAUGAUCCAUUGACG